GACCUCGGAUGUCCUCACACGCGCCAAGCGCGCCCGAGCGGGUGUUUGUCCACGUGCGGCUGCCCAGCGCUCGUCCAACAAUCCUUGCCCCGCGCGUCUCGGUUGCAACCUGCAGCAAUCCGGCUCUGCCAUACACCACGGUCUCCUCCCACCACACAAUACGCUUCGAUCAUGUCCAAGGCAUCGCAGCCGGAGCUCAAAAAGUUCAUGGACAAGAAAUUGUUCGUCCAUCUUCAAGGCGGCCGCAAAGUCAGCGGGGUCUUGCGCGGCUACGACCUUUUUUUGAACCUCGUUCUUGAUGACGCGACGGAAGAGACCACCCCAGCGCAAAAACAUCCCAUCGGAACCGUUGUCAUCCGAGGAAACAGCGUAACAUCGAUGGAGACUUUGGAGGCAAUACGGUAGCCAGGAUGUUAAAUCAUUACCGUCGUAUGCUUUGUGCUUGUACUUUGUGUUCUAACGCCGCAUCUCGAGUUGUAAUCGUUUAGGCCCUCUGUGGCGGUCGGACCCGUC